UCAGUCUGCGCGUCUCUGUCCGGUGCCGGGAGCUUUUCCGCGGGGUGUGUUCGGUCCUUUUCAUUGCUCUAUCGUCGGAAACAGUUCGAGGGUAUUGUACAGCUUUAUUUGUGGAGUUAAAUUAAUUUAAUGUGAUUGAAGUUCCACCAGAGAGUACAGUUCGGAUCAGAUCGGCUGUUUCUGUGCCAGAGGCACCGGAGAUCCUCUCAGCGAAUCUGGGCUGAUUUUUUGUUACCAUUCAUUCAGCCGGACUGGACUGAUACCUUGAGGUCUAACAACUUGAACAACUCCAGGUGCAAGAUGUCAUCUCUGGGUGUUGGUGAGCUGCAGGUUUUAGCAGCUCUACUUGUGUUCUGUAUUGGCUGUGGGCUGACUCAAGCAGAGACUCUUGUGACCGUCCGAAGAGUGACCCACCCGUCUUUGCGACACCCGUUAGCGGGCUCCGCCCUCCUCCCGUGUGUGUUCACCCUGUCGCCCGGCCUCUCCCCGGGUCACGUCCCUUACAUCCACUGGACCCGUCGCUCAGGAGACCAGGAGAGGAUGGUCUUGUCCGCCCGGGACGGGGUGGUUAGGGUACACCAGGCAUACGCGGGACGGGUCAGUUUGCCGGGUUACUCCGCCAACCAGCUGAACGCAUCACUGGCGCUCUCGCAGCUCCGCUCCAAUGAUUCCGGGACUUUCCGAUGUCAAGUCGCCCUGGGAGACAAUUAUGAGCAGGAUACAGUCAACCUGGAUAUCACAGGUGUGGUGUUUCACUACCGUACAGCAGCGGACCGAUAUUCACUCUCCUUUGCGGAUGCCAUUCAUGCUUGCGAGCAGAAUUCGGCUGAAAUCGCCACUCCAGGGCAGCUGUGGGCAGCAUUUCACUCAGGCAUGAACAGCUGUGCGCUCGGCUGGCUCAAAGAUCAGACCGUCAGGUACCCCAUCCAGAGACCAGAGCUUGGUUGCUAUGGACACACAGAGUAUUCUCGUGGAGUGAAGAAUUAUGGGAAACGUGACCCUGACGAUUUGUUCGAUGUGUACUGUUUUGCCAGUGAUAUGGAAGGUGAAGUGUUUCUCGCCACGGUCCCUGACAAACUGACUCAUCCUGAGGCCGCGGCUCACUGCGUGUCACUUGUCAGUCAGCUGGCGACUGUCGGGCAGCUCUAUCUGGCCUGGUGGUCUGGACUGGACCACUGUGAGCCUGGCUGGUUGGCUGAUGGCAGCGUGAGGUAUUCUGUCAACACACCGCGUUCAGAGUGUGCGGGAGGAGAACCAGGUGUCCGGACGGUUUUACCAGCGGAACUAAGCAACGGAACGGCACGCUUUGAUCCAUUCUGCUACCGAGCAACGAAACCACAGAAGGCUCUGACGAGCAUUGUGAAGUCUUUGCUGCGGCCGUGGAAGUACAUGACUGGAGACAAUGAUGACAGUUCAGAGAAAACAGAGGAUACGUCCAAAUCUUCCUUUGCCACCCACACAUCCAUUGGAGUUCAGGGCCUGUCUGUUCUUCAACCCUCGAACUGGACCGGCCAGGUGGAUUUGGACAAAGAGCCGCACGUGACCUCUGACCCCACCGAGCUGACAGCCGAGUAUUUGACAGUCCGCCUCCGAGCUGGCGACACGGCUCUGGACUGGAGCGGCCAGCUGGACUCAUUCCCGGAGAGCGAGCAGGUGUUCUCAGACUUUAUCUCCGAGAGUCCUGGCGGUUCAGCCAAAGAGGAUGAAGAUGAAGGUCUAUCAGGUCAGUUGGUCUCUCCAGCAGCUUCAGAGACGCCACAGGGAAAGACUAAGAGUUCCCUCACAAACAUCGUCAGCUCAUUGUGGAAACCCUGGAGUUAUCUGACAGGAAGUGAGUUGGAGACGACACCCGAAAGCACAGCGGCCACCGUGACGCCUUCGCCGGACAUCAAAUCGACUGCAGCUCCAGGAUCAGGUUCGAUGUCAUGGUGGGACCGCUCGUGGCUGUCCAGUCCAUCAUCAGUCACUGUUAAAUUAAUUGCCUCCAAUCCGCCCGUGAGCUCGACAGCGGCAAUUACAAUCCCGUCAACCGUCACCAGAGAUAAACUGAGUGACAACCGACCCAGUAUAUCUGAACAGAACAUUCCAGUGACAACAGGAGAUUGGGUCGAAGUGACAAAAACCCCUGAGCAGAAAGCGAGUACCACUGAUGUCAACGUUACAACAAAGAGAAAAGUCGAGGCCGUAUCAACUGAGUCCAGACUUGGAUUGUCCUUAGCAGAGAACUUCUCUGGAGAGAACCAAGCUCCGGAUAUGGAGGGUAGCUCUUGGGGCGAUACCUACCUGUCAUCAGGUCCCACGUCCCAAACGCCGCUCACAGUCGUAACAAUGAGUACCAGUUCGUUCACAGAGCACAGCGCUACAACCGCACUUGGCCAAGACGAAGGCGUGGAAGAGGCACGUGGAGAAAUUCAGUACAGGCAAAGAAACAAACCCAAGAGACUAAACCAAAGUACAACGGAGGUGACAACAACAGUCGUUGAGAGCACAACAGUAUCAUCUCCUGCAUCUUCUAGCACUGAAAACAGAGGAACAACCACCUCAACAUUUGCAGAUGAGUCUCAAACAUCGAGCUUUGAAACGGCAGUCCCCAGCAGCACAGAGCGAGAUCUGACCAGCGCUGAGGUGAUCAGGAAAAACAGUUCCAGCGGAUCAGAAGUGAGCGACAGAUGCAGCUGUUUGCAUGGAGGAACGUGUCUUCCACAUGGAGAGGGUUUCCGAUGCUUCUGUCCGCUGGGUUAUGCUGGAGAGAGCUGUGAAAUUGAUGUUGACGACUGUCAGUCGAACCCGUGUGAGAACGGAGGCACCUGCAUUGAUAAAGAAGACUCGUUCGUGUGUCUGUGUUUGCCCAGCUACAGUGGAGACAGAUGUGAGAGAGACACAGAGGGUUGUGAACACGGUUGGAAGAAGUUUCACGGUCACUGCUACAGACUGUUUCCACGGCGACAUACCUGGGAGGAUGCCGAGAAGGACUGCAGGGAGCACAGCAGUCACCUGACCAGCAUCACUUCAUCCAUGGAGCAGGACUUCCUCAACGGUUUGGGUCAUGAGAACGCUUGGAUUGGACUGAAUGAUCGUACAGUAGAAGAGGAUUUCCAGUGGACAGAUGCAUUGGACGUGGUGUAUGAAAACUGGCGCGAGAAUCAGCCGGAUAAUUUCUUCGCGGGUGGCGAGGACUGCGUGGUGAUGAUCUCAAGAGAAGACGGCAAAUGGAACGAUGUGCCCUGCAACUAUAAUCUACCGUACAUCUGCAAGAAAGGAACCGUCAUGUGCGGCACGCCGCCUGCAGUGGACAACGCCUAUCUAGUGGGUCGCAAAAGGUCACACUAUGAUAUCCACGCAGUGGUGCGAUACCAGUGUGAUGACGGGUUUUUCCAGCGACACAUACCGACCGUCCGCUGCCGACCCAACGGAACCUGGGAGCGGCCCAAGAUCAUCUGUACUAAGUCACGCAGAUCUCACCGUUACCGUCGGCAACACCACAGAUCCCGCCGUGAUCAUCGAAGACACCGCCGCCAUGGGCACAGGGGGCGUGAUUAAGAGUUAAAAGCAGAGGUCAUGCCCUCUUGACCCCCUUGAUACCAGUUUCUUUGUUUUCCAGUCCGAAAGUCCCGAGGAAAACAAAAACAGACCCUGAAGGAUAAAACAGUCACUCACAUCACCUUCUUUUCGUACAGAUGUUUUCUUUUCCUUCGAAACUGUUUUACUCUUUUAACUGUUGUUUGUUAAAGUUUAUUUAGGAUUCAAUAACCCAGUUCGAUCAUGCUUUAAGAUAACUUUCUUAACUAACAAACUCUACAGUCCUUAGUUUGACCUUCAAACAUGCAGACCGACUCGUAUACAGUGAUAUGGGCGACACGUCUGAUUGCCUCAUUCUGCUGUUAAUCUUUUAUAGGAUAGCUGUAUUAAUUUAAGCCUUAGCUGAGAAUGUAGGUAAUGCAAUGUAUUUGUUUGGCCUUAGAUUUUUUGGGUUAUGUAAUGCUUCAAAGAUAUGUAUUGAAUGUGGUCCAGGUUCCCUUAAAUGAAAGAACUAAUGCCUUUCGUGUUCUUGCCAGCUUCUAUCACAAAACCGGAUGGAAAUUUGCGUAUUUAUUAAGGUUGUGAAUUGUGGUCAUUUUGUCCACUCUGGUACUAGACAGAUAAAAAAACACAGCUCUUAAGCUGACAGCUGCACUAUCUUUAAAUUGUUAGUCUAUGUAAACAUGCAAACGUCUUUGGCUGUUGCAGACUGAGAGUCAUCAUGCUGACGCAAAUCUGACAAAUUUUUGCGCAAGACCGCAUCCUAAAAAAUGACUCCCUUGACUCCCUGUUUUUUUUUUUUUUUGCAUCUAGCAUCAUGAGCAUUGCUUUUAAGAUGGUGUGUCAAGUUUAAAAUCGUUAAAAUUGCACUCAUAUUGAGGGGGCCUUGGUGGCUCAGCGAGUAUUGACGCUGACUACCACCCCUGGAGUCGCGAGUUCGAAUCCAGGGCGUGCUGAGUGACUCCAGCCAGGUCUCCUAAGCAACCAAAUUGGCCCAGUUGCUAGGGAGGGUAGAGUCACACAGGGUAACCUCCUUGUGGUCGCUAUAAUGUGGUUCACUCUCAGUGGGACAUGGAUGCCGCGGUGGAUGGCGUGAAGCCUCCACACGCGCUAUGUCUCCGCUGUAAUGCACUCAACAAGCCACGUGAUAAGAUGCACGGAUUGACGGUCUCAGACACAGAGGCAACUGAGAUUCGUCCUCCGCCACCUGGAUUGAGGCGAGUCACUACGCCACCACGAGGACUUAGAGCGCAUUGGGAAUUGGGCAUUCCAAAUUGGGGAGAAAAAGGGGAGAACAUUUUUUUUAUUUUUUUUAUUGCACCCAGAUUGAAAGUUACCAUGUUGACGCAAAUCCGACUAAUUUUACCGCAAGGCCGCAAUCUACAGUACAUGAUGUCAUAACCAAUCAUAUUAAAAAUGUGGCCCUUUUUGGAACAUUUCUGUAUAGUUGCUGGAUUUCAAUCAGUGUUUUGAUGUCAAGUAACAAAAUUGUUUUUUUGAUCAAUCAUUGCUGUCAUGUUCGAGUACUUAAAGUAACAUUUCACCCAGAAAUGAAAAUUGUCUCAUUAUUCACUUCUCCUGAUACCAUCCCAGAUGUG